GUUAAGGGGCGACUGGCCGCGGGCUGUAGCUCUGAGACCGGCUCGCUAGCGGCGCCGCGGGAGAGGCGCGUGUCGUCCUCUCACUGGCGCAGUCUCCGCCGCUGUCGCCACGUUCCGCCCCGCCCAGGCGUUGUCGUAGGCGCUGUAGUGGACGGAGCGCGGCCCGGGCAUGGGGGACGCGAGCGCCGCGCGUGUGGCGGCUGCGCGGCGGGUGACAGGGCUUUGCUAUAAAAUGGGAAUUCUGAUUGCCUUCGCUGGAUUAUGGCUACUCUCCUCAGUAAAGGCAGAUUCAAAAGCUAUUACAACCUCUCUCACAACCAAGUGGUUCUCUUCCCCACUCUUAUUAGAAGCCAGUGAGUUUUUAGCUGAAGACAGUGAAGAGAAAUUUUGGAAUUUUGUAGAAGCCAGUCAAAAUAUUGGAUCAUCAGAUCAUCACGGUACUGAUUUUUCCUAUUAUCAUGCAAUAUUGGAAGCUGCAUUUCAGUUUCUAUCACCUCUACAGCAGAACUUGUUGAAAUUUUGUCUGUCUCUUCGUUCCUACUCAGCUACAAUUCAAGCCUUCCAGCAGAUAGCAGCUGAUGAACCUCCACCAGAAGGAUGUAGUUCAUUUUUUUCAGUUCAUGGAGAGAAGUCUUGUGAUUUUGAUAAUCUAGAAACUCUUCUACUAACAGCAUCUGAAAGACCCAAACCUUUACUCUUCAAAGGAGAUCAUAGAUACCGCUCAUCUAAUCCUGAGAGCCCCAUUGUGAUUUUCUACUCUGAGAUUGGCUAUGAAGAAUUUUCUAGUUACCAUCAACAACUUAUAUCAAAAAGCAAUGCAGGCAAAAUCAAUUAUGUAUUCAGACAUUAUAUAUCUAAUCCCAAGAAGGAACCAGUUUACCUCUCUGGCUAUGGUGUGGAACUGGCCAUUAAGAGCACUGAAUACAAGGCCAAGGAUGAUACUCAGGUGAAAGGAACAGAAGUGAAUACCACAGUAAUUGGUGAAAAUGAUCCUAUUGAUGAAGUUCAGGGAUUCCUCUUUGGAAAAUUAAGGGAUCUGCAUCCUAUCUUGAAGGAACAGUUGAAAGAACUUAGAAAGCAUCUUGUGGAAAGCACCAAUGAAAUGGCACCUUUGAAAGUUUGGCAAUUGCAAGAUCUCAGUUUCCAGACUGCUGCCCGAAUCUUGGCUGCUCCUGUGGAAUUGGCUUUAGUGGUUAUGAAGGAUCUUAGUCAGAACUUUCCUACCAAAGCCAGGGCCAUAACAAAAACAGCUGUGAGUUCAGAACUUCGAACUGAAGUAGAAGAGAAUCAGAAGUAUUUCAAGGGAACCUUAGGAUUACAGCCUGGAGAUUCAGCUCUGUUUAUCAAUGGACUUCAUAUUGAUUUAGAUACACAGGAUAUAUUCAGUUUGUUUGAUGUAUUGAGGAAUGAAGCCCGGGUAAUGGAGGGUCUGCACAGACUAGGUAUAGAAGGCCUUUCUUUGCACAAUAUUCUGAAACUGAACAUCCAACCUUCUGAGGCAGACUAUGCAGUAGAUAUCAGGAGUCCUGCUAUUUCCUGGGUUAACAACUUGGAGACUGAUAGCAGAUAUAAUGCAUGGCCUUCUAGUCUACAAGAAUUGCUACGACCCACCUUUCCUGGUGUUAUCCGGCAGAUCCGAAAAAACUUGCACAACAUGGUUUUCAUAGUUGAUCCUGCACAUGAGAGCACAUCAGAGUUGAUGAACACAGCAGAGAUGUUCCUUAGUAAUCAUAUACCACUAAGAAUUGGUUUUAUAUUUGUGGUUGAUGACUCUGAAGAUGUUGAUGGGAUGCAAGAUGCUGGAGUGGCUGUUCUUAGAGCGUAUAAUUACAUUGUUCAAGAAAAGGAUUGUUAUCAUGCCUUCCAGACUCUAACACAUAUCUAUAACAAAGUGAGAACUGGAGAAAAAGUAAAGGUUGAGCAUGUGGUCAGUGUCCUGGAGAAGAAAUAUCCAUAUGUAGAAGUUAACAGCAUUUUGGGCAUUGAUUCUGCUUAUGAUCAGAAUCGGAAGGAAGCUAAAGGCUACUAUGAGCAGACUGGUGUUGGUCCACUGCCUAUAGUUCUCUUCAAUGGGAUGCCCUUUGAGAAGGAACAGCUAGAUCCUGAUGAGUUGGAAACAAUCACAAUGCACAAAAUUUUGGAGACGACUACUUUCUUCCAAAGAGUGGUAUACUUGGGUGAACUCUCUCAUGAUCAAGAUGUGGUAGAAUAUAUCAUGAAUCAGCCAAAUGUUGUUCCACGAAUCAAUUCUAGGAUUUUGACAGCUGAGCGAGAGUACCUGGAUUUAACAGCAAGUAAUAACUUCUUUGUGGAUGAUUAUGCUCGAUUUUCUGUCUUGGAUUCCCAAGGCAAGACUGCUGCUUUAGCUAACAGUAUGAACUAUCUUACAAAGAAAGGAAUGUCCUCCAAGGAAAUCUAUGAUGAUACUUUUAUUAGGCCAGUAACUUUUUGGAUUGUUGGUGAUUUUGAUAGUCCUUCUGGACGGCAGUUACUCUAUGAUGCUAUUAAACAUCAGAAAUCCAGUAACAAUGUAAGGAUAAGUGUGAUCAACAAUCCAAGCCAAGAGAUAAAUAAUGAGAACACCAGGAUCUUCAGAGCAAUCUGGGCAGCUCUCCAAACACAAACUUCCAACUCAGCAAAGAACUUCAUCACCAAAAUGGCCAAAGAGGAGACUGCAGAGGCCCUGGCUGCUGGAGCCGACAUUAGGGAGUUCUCUGUUGGGGGCAUGGAUUUCAGUAUUUUUAAAGAGGUCUUUGAGUCUUCCAGUAUGGAUUUCAUUUUGUCUCAUGCCGUGUACUGCAGGGAUGUUCUGAAGCUGAAGAAGGGACAGAGGGCAGUGAUCAGCAAUGGAAGGAUCAUUGGGCCACUGGAGGAUAGUGAGCUUUUUAAUCAAGACGAUUUCCACCUUCUAGAAAAUAUCAUCUUGAAAACUUCAGGACAGAAAAUAAAGUCUCAUAUUCAACAACUUCGGGUAGAUGAAGAUGUGGCAAGUGACUUGGUAAUGAAGGUGGAUGCUCUCUUGUCAGCUCAACCUAAAGGAGAUGCGAGGAUUGAAUACCAGUUUUUUGAAGAUAGACACAGUGCAAUUAAGCUGAGGCCCAGGGAAGGAGAAACAUACUUUGAUGUUGUGGCUGUCAUUGACCCUGUCACCAGAGAAGCACAGAGACUUGCCCCGUUGCUCUUGGUUUUGACUCAGCUGAUAAACAUGAAUCUAAGAGUAUUUAUGAACUGCCAGUCUAAACUUUCGGACAUGCCUUUAAAAAGCUUUUACCGUUAUGUCUUAGAACCUGAGAUUUCUUUCACCUCAGACAAUAAGUUUGCUAAGGGUCCAAUAGCAAAAUUUUUGGAUAUGCCACAAUCUCCACUGUUCACUCUGAAUUUGAACACACCUGAAAGUUGGAUGGUAGAAUCUGUCAGAACACCAUAUGAUCUUGAUAAUAUUUACUUAGAAGAGGUGGACAACAUAGUAGCUGCUGAGUAUGAGCUGGAGUACUUACUACUGGAAGGUCAUUGUUAUGACAUCACCACAGGCCAACCCCCACGCGGACUGCAGUUUACUUUAGGAACAUCAGCCAAUCCUGUCAUCGUGGACACAAUUGUUAUGGCCAACCUGGGCUACUUUCAGCUAAAAGCCAACCCAGGAGCUUGGAUCCUCAGACUAAGGAAAGGGCGCUCUGAAGAUAUUUAUAGAAUCUACAGCCAUGAUGGUACAGACUCUCCACCUGAUGCUGAGGAGGUUGUUGUUAUACUCAAUAACUUUAAAAGCAAAAUUAUCAAAGUGAAGGUACAGAAGAAGGCAGACAUGGCAAAUGAAGACUUGCUGAGUGAUGGAACAAAUGAGAAUGAAUCUGGAUUUUGGGACUCUUUCAAAUGGGGCUUUUCAGGAGGACAGAAGACUGAAGAAGCAAAACAAGAUAAAGAUGAUAUAAUUAAUAUAUUCUCUGUUGCGUCUGGUCAUCUCUACGAACGAUUUCUUCGCAUAAUGAUGCUAUCAGUACUGAAGAAUACUAAGACUCCUGUGAAAUUCUGGUUCCUGAAGAAUUACUUGUCCCCCACAUUUAAGGAGUUUAUACCUUACAUGGCAAGUGAAUACAACUUCCAAUACGAGCUUGUUCAGUACAAAUGGCCCCGGUGGCUUCACCAGCAGACUGAAAAGCAGCGCAUCAUCUGGGGCUACAAGAUCCUCUUCCUGGAUGUGCUCUUCCCACUAGUUGUUGACAAAUUCCUAUUUGUGGAUGCUGACCAGAUUGUACGGACAGAUCUGAAAGAGUUAAGAGAUUUCAAUCUGGAUGGUGCCCCCUAUGGUUAUACUCCUUUCUGUGACAGCAGAAAAGAGAUGGAUGGCUACCGCUUCUGGAAGUCUGGGUACUGGGCCAGCCAUUUAGCUGGACGGAAGUAUCAUAUCAGUGCACUAUAUGUCGUGGAUCUGAAGAAGUUUAGGAAAAUAGCUGCUGGUGACAGACUCAGGGGACAGUACCAAGGACUGAGUCAGGAUCCCAAUAGCCUUUCAAAUCUUGACCAAGAUCUGCCCAACAACAUGAUCCAUCAGGUGCCAAUCAAAUCUCUCCCUCAAGAAUGGCUUUGGUGUGAAACAUGGUGUGAUGACGCAUCUAAGAAGAGAGCAAAGACAAUCGAUUUGUGUAAUAAUCCAAUGACCAAAGAGCCCAAGUUGGAAGCUGCUGUGCGAAUUGUUCCAGAGUGGCAGGACUAUGACCAAGAGAUCAAACAGCUACAGACUCGCUUUCAGAAGGAGAAAAAGACAGGAACACUCUAUAAGGAAAAGACAAAAGAGCCAAGCCAAAAAGGAUCUCAGAAACGUGAAGAAUUAUGAUCCCUGGAAGGAGAUAGGAAUGACACCAUUUGAAAAAGUUUUAUACUAAAUGCUAGUUUUUGUUUUUUUUCUGAUCUGUCUAUACAACUGCUGAUGAACUGACUGAGCAGGUGUGCCACACCUCUUGAUUCUGAGCAUUGAUUUGACUUCUACACACCAUAGGCGCUGGAACUUUGGGGCUAAGGCUCUGCUAGAUUUGUACCUCAGAAGAAGUGGCUGAUAUUUUGGGACUCUGUAAAGAGCAAGGAAACAAAAAGAGCAAUCUGUUGCCAUAUGGAGAAAUGACAGCAGCAACUGGAAGAAGCAGAGUCCUUUGUGCCCACACACAUGCUGUGCUGUCCUGGGAAGCAGGCUGGGAGCCGCCACAUGCUUCCUUACCUCAGUUUACUGCACUGGGUCUGGGUCAGGCUCGCAGAAGCUUCAUCCAUGCUCUGGUGCCUGGAGGUAGAUGCCAACAUGCUUCUCAUGUCCUCAGACUCACUCUCUUCCCAGGCCUGUUUGCUUUUUGAUUGAACCCCGGUCAGUAGUCACAGGUCUUCAGGGUUGACUUGAUACCGUGACUAAGCAAAUUAAUUUAGGGCUGGGUUGGGAAAGGUAGGGAAAACUAGACAUUGGUCGUUCUCCUUUAUGAACCACCAGUACCAUUGUGGCUAAUUCAAAAGGAAAACAUAUUCCUUUUCCCUAUCUAGUCCCAGGGAACUUUCUAGGUAAUUAUUUUGUAAACAAUUUUUGUAUUUAUGAAAGUCUUUACUUUUUCUUCUCACUUUCUAAAAAGAAAAAAAAAAGAUCUUAUCAAUUUUUUGACUGGGCACAGCCAUACUAAGCUCCUCUAGUGAUCCAGCUAUGAAGGCUCAGGCAUUAGGCUCUUUGGUUGAUUGUUACAUCACUUGCCCCUUUCAAAGCUUUGCAGGUUUUUUUUCCCUCAGACACAAAUUUUCCUCUACAAAAAGUACCCAGAUUAGG